CCUGCUCCGCUCGCUCUCGCCGCUCUUCCGUCCAGCGCGAGCCGUCUCUCGCUCCACGCGUGUUCGUGUUUCUGUUCCUCCCGACUUCGGCGUUUCUUUCUAAUUAAAGCUCCGUCGUUAAGGGCGAGGUGUGCCGAUGGCGUCUCACGUGAUGUCGGCGAGGUUCGCCAGCGGCUUCGUGUUCGGCGUCACUUCCGGCGUCGCGGCGCUCAAGCUGUAUUUGUAUGAAGAGCAGAAACCGGACGCAGGGAACCCUGUUCAUCGUCUCAUCGAGCGCUUCGGUCUUCCUGAAACCGGCGCCGAGGCUAGAUUCUACGUGAACCAUGUCUUGUCGUACGAUCGAAGCCGCCGGACCCCUCGCUGGGUUCAGGAGCACCUGUCCGCUCACAGGUUACUCGGUGAAGCGGACAGAAAGCGCUGCAGGUUCAAGCCGGACCCGGUCCCCGAGAUCUUCACGGCACACAACGAGGAUUACCUGCGGAGCGGCUGGUCUCGGGGCCACAGCCCCGCCGGAGACAACAAGAUCUCUGAGCAAGCGAUGGCCGACACGUUCUAUCUGUCCAACAUCGUCCCGCAGAACUACGAGAACAACGCGGGCUUCUGGAACAGGCUGGAGAUGUUCUGCAGAGAGCUGACGCAGAGCUUCGCUGAGGUCUGGGUGGUUUCUGGACCGCUGCUUCUGCCUCGGACGCAAGAGGACGGCAGCAGAAGCGUCUCCUACCAGCUGAUCGGGAAGGAUGACGUCGCCGUUCCUACUCACCUCUUCAAAGUCAUCCUGACGCAGAAAGACUCGUCUCCUGACUCUCUGGCUCUCGGGGCGUUCGUGAUCCCCAACGCUCCGAUCGGCUUCCACCGGCCGCUCAGCGACUUUGAGGUGAGUCUGCUGGAUCUGGAGCGGAUGUCGGGCCUGACGUUCUUCCCUGCGCUGGAGCGACGCGAGCGGCUGAAGAAGCUGUGUGAGGAGGACUCCUGCGAGCUCAUGGACUUGGAGCGCUUCACGCUGUACAUCAGCGGCCGGAAGGUGUCCGGCGCCAGGAGCCUCGCUCGGCUCGACAAGAUCAUGACGGAGCUCAGGGACGCCGGCAUCACACCGGACCGGUACCUGAGUGACCUUUACCUGGAGAAGAAACGAGAACUAGCAGAGAAGGAGGAACGUGAGAAGAAACCAGAGCCAUGAGAGUGUUACGUUUAUACUUAACCUUGUCAUUUUUUCAGAAGCGAUCAUUAAAAUCUUCUCUGUGGGACCAGCCACACAAUCAGAGUGUUUGAAAUAUUACUUGAAUUAUCUGUUUACUCUGUGUUCUUUUCACUUCUGAUCACGAAUAAAGUCUUGUGUUUCUCACUA